AAAUCACGUGGGCCUGUGCGCUCGGUCGUCGCGCGCUGAACUCGCCAGCUUGGCCUCCGACUCGCAGCAUGCAGCGGCUCGACAACUCAGAUAUUCAGACACCUCUCACCUCCACGUCCCAGUUUAUUGAGGCCGACAACGAUGACGACCUCGACGAUGAGGCCAUCCCUGGAUUCACGCACCCCUCCAUAGGCUCACCCGUCUCGGCGGGCAAGGGGAAGGCACGAGAUGAACAACCAGCGCCUGCCUCUGCAUAUCCCCAUAGUCCCGUCUCUGGUACUAUAGGUAGCUCAAGCAAUGGCAAUGCCCGACCAGCACGGAACACCGUCGGAGGAGUACAGGUUGAGAUGCGCAAUACAGGGCUUGACACGCUCGACGAGCCAAUAUCCACAACUAUUGGACGGGACCUAUUAUCCAUCUAUACCAAGACUGUUCAAGUGCUCUAUCCUCCAAAAGCGGGUCAUCGAGAAGUCCUCAGAGAUUGGGACCUUUGGGGCCCACUUGUCAUCAGCCUUAUGCUUGGUAUUCUGCUGAGUAUCAGGGCUGCUCCCGACCAAUCCCUUCCCAUCUUCACAAGCGUCGUGUGUCUCAUGACCAGUGGCUCUCUUGUAGUGACUAUACAAGCAAAGCUUCUCGGCGGCAGAGUCUCUUUCUUCCAAGGGCUCUGUGUGUUCGGCUACUGCGUCGCACCUCUGAACAUCGCUGCAUUGGUGUCGGUGUUCGUGCCUCUUAUCUACGUCCGACUACCAGUGACAUUUGCCGCGUGGGUCUGGUGUAUAUGGGCAUCUGUGAACUUCCUGGACGGUACCAAGCUCGAAAAGCAAAGGACGAUGCUCGCUGUUUACCCUCUUCUUCUAUUCUAUUCUAUACUGGCGUGGAUGAUUGUCAUCGAGUAAUCUCGCGGACUGCCUACUUAGUAUACGAGGCUCCAAUUCACGGUGUUAUACUAUUUGUUUGACUUGGACCUCGCUCCCGAGCCUGUCGUGCUUGUAGAGUUGCGCGCGUGCACCGAGCUUCGCCCAAGGCGCCGCUGAGAACAAAGUAACCUUCGGUGGACCAGCC